AUGUCUCAGACGUCAACCGCGACGUCAGCGCGCCGGGGCAGAGGAAGGGGACGAGGACGCGGCGGUCCACCAAGACCAGCGCAAAGGCCCAACGGUGUUCAGCGGACCGCGCGAUCAGCAUCACCAAGCACGAGAACGAUCCCCACCGGACCGGCGGAUGUCUGGGAGAGAUAUCAGGCGCUCAAAAAGCAUCGAGAGAAGGAACGCGCCGAGGCGAUUGCGAAUGGCUUCCUCGCAGAUCCAGACAGGCCCAGGACACUGGCGGAGGCUAUCACACCCGUGGGAACAUGUCAGGACAUGUGCCCGGAGUACGAGAGGGUGGAGCGCAUCGUGCAGAAAGAUGUGUGGGAAGCCGAGCUGGACCCGGACAGCCUGGCCGAAGGCGCCUCGAAACGCGUGCCGGCAGAGAGUCGUAUGGUCAAAAAGUUCCGACGGGCCGCAGCGGGCAUUGAUGAACAACUUCCAUCCGAUUUGCGCCCGCCUACGGUUCUACAAUGGACAGUGAACUACCUCUUCAACGAUCUCGUCAGUGAGGCAGACUCGAUCGCGUCGGUACACCAUUUCAUAUGGGACAGAACGCGCGCCAUUCGGAACGACUUCUCGAUACAGCAAGUCACAAAGCUUAACGACAUCCGGAUCGCAAUCGAGAGUUACGAGCGCAUAGCGCGAUUCCAUAUCCUCACGUUACACCAGCUGGCCCAACCGCAGAAGCCCCAUGAGAAGUACGACUGGUAUCAAGAUCGCGAACAGCUAGACCGCACCCUCCUAUCACUGAUGCAAUACUACGACGACUCGAGGAACCACUUCCGCUCGCCAAACGAGGCCGAGUUCAGAGCCUACUGCAUCAUCUUUCAGAUCCAGGAUCCCACGCCAGACUUGGAGGACAGGAUACAAAGCUGGCCGACGGAGAUCGUUCAGGACUCACGUGUGCAGACAGCACUGAAGCUGUACGCAGCAGCCGGCAACGUCGCCGAUGCGCAAGGGCCGCUAAAGCCGCGAACGCAGCACCCAAUCGCCCAAGCCAACUGGCAACGCUUCUGGAAACUGGUCAAAUCGAAUGCAGUCUCUUACCUCAUGGCUUGCGUGGCGGAGAUAUACUUCAACUUAGUGCGCCGCAUUGCGCUGAAUUCGCUUCUGGUGGGAUACCGACAGGGUGGCAACACGCGGAACGAGGACUGGAGCAUCAAGGAGAUGGUGGACGUGCUUGGCUUCGACAACGAGGAACAGGUUAGAAACUUCGUGGGACACUAUGGGUUUGGUGUGGGGCGGAGACAAGAUGACACCCAGUUUCUGGAUUUCAGCACGGUGCAAGUAAGACAGCUGGGAGAACCGUCCGCGGGCUUGCAGCCUCAGUUGUUUUCACGCAGAUUGGUGGAGUUUAAGAGAUGCGGGAGGACGCUAUCUGCGGUUAUCAACGGGCUUACUGUCAGCGCGGCGAGGAAGGCCGGUUUGAUUGAGGAGUCGGAAGAGAUGGAGGAUGCGCUGGAGGAAAACGGCGAAAGCGACUCGUUGUUCGUCCGGCAGGAUGAGGGGGAGAAGCAGGAGCCACCGAAGCCAAUUACGAAUGGAAUAUUCGGCCUGUUCAGUGGAAGUCCUGCGGUGAACGGGGCUGCGGCUGGAGGCUUCUUCGGAAAGCCAAGUAUGCCGCUACAACCGCCGGCUGCGGAGGAUACCAGUCCCGAAGUGGAUGAGGAGCAGGUUCAGCAACAAGCGGAGGAUAUGCGAAAGCAGGCGGAAGAGAAAGCAGCAAGGGAACGACUAGAAAGGCAGCAGGAGGAAAGGAGGCAAGAGCAGCUUAGACAAGAGGCGGCAAGGCUAGAAGCACAAAAGCAGGAGGCGGCGAGGAGAGAAGCAGAAAGGCGAGAGGCAGAGAGGUUGGAGGCGCAGCGAAGGGAGGCGCAAAGGCAAGAAGCUCAGAGGCAAGAAGCAAUGCGAUUAGAGGCGCAGCGGCAAGAAGCGCUGAGACGAGAGGAGCAGAGGCGGCAACAGCUAAGGGAAGAAGCGCAGAGGCAAGCCGCACUGGCCCAAGAAGCACGUCAGAGGAAAGAAGCAGGGCUCCUGGAUGGUGUCGCUGAAGACCUCUUUCUCAACCCAAUCGGUAUCCUCAAGCAGUUCGUAGAGUAUACCGCCGGUCCUAUCAUCGAAGCCUCCUUGCUGGAGUUCGAGGCUGAUGAGUUUCGCCGGAAAACGCUUUAUUACCGCUAUGGCUUGGACUGGAGGGACAUCGCAACUCGUCUUCGUCUGCGACGGCAGGGACGGGAGAAAAGGCGGCGCAUGCAGGUGCGGAGGGCGGCGGCGGCGGCGGCGAACGAGAAAACGAACCCGCCUCCAUUCGAACCUGGUUCAUCUGUCUUUACUCCGGCUGUACAGGACGAACUCGACCGGCUCAAUCCCUUUCGUCACAGGAGCGUCGGAACAACUCAACAUCUCGACACCAGCCGCAGUGCAUUCGAGGAGCACUAUUCAGGGCCACCCAAACCGGAGCCACCCCAGCCAGCGGGGUCCGCUCCCGCACAAACUAUCCUUUCCAAGGGCAUCAACCCCAGCGCCAACCACCACCGCCGCACUCCUUCCACUCGUCGACGUCCCUCAACAACAUCAACCCGGCCAACUUCCACCACCACAGCAACCCCCACCGCCAGCACCACUCAGCUUGCCAACCCCAGUGCAUCUACAUCAAAAACAUCACCCACUACCGUUCCGUUCCUCUCAGGCCAAUCCGUUCUGGGCGCAAAUCCAGAUCCCCACCACCCGGCUCGCCUCAGUACGACGCGUACAAACUACUUCCGCCUAAAAGCCAUGGGAAUUGACCCUUCAGAACCGUGGAAAUCGCCAGCCGGGAAUUCUUCGCUCCACACCAAGCCCUUGCCGCGAAACUCGCCGCCGACCAGAAUAUUGCCGCGGGAUUCGCCGCCCAUGGCCCCUCCUGCGCCGCCACUACUGCCACUGCUGCGGGAGCGGGAGCGCAAACGAGGGCGCGACGAGAUGGAUGAAGGGGACGCCGCGGGUGCAGACGAGGCUCUAUUCGCACGAGUGCGGAGGGUGCAGCGGGGUUUAGACGAAAGCAUGACGUGGUAUAGAGAGGACAGAGAACGGGAGGCGUUGAGAAGAUCGGCAGGUUCGGCGGGUUCGGGGAAGUAG